CCAAAAAGUUCAUUCUGCGGGUUAAGCCGAUUGAUCAAUCAAAUAUACUCUUGCGACGAUUGAACGCUUUCAACGUCUGCGAGAUGGAAUUGAAGCGGGUUGGAGAUGCCCUUUUCCGGGCCAGAGGGUCUCCUCUCUCUGCGCUGCUCACUCCCGCACUUUGCGCUCGAUCAUCAUGGAGAGCUAAUAUAAAUGCCUGGAACCCAUUGCGAAUCCAAAGCUCUUCCGAAGUCCAGCGCUCUUUCACUAGCAGCUCGCGAUGUCUUCAAGAAGGCGGCUCAACUCCCAAUGGCCCCGUCGAAACCACCAAAGCAGAUGCUGAGAAGAAGUCCGCGGACUCUCCCGAGCCGGCUGGCAAGGAGUCUAGUGAAGACACCAUCAACAGUCUUCUCGCUGGCAUGACACGGCCGGCUUCAAACACAGCGAAAACAAGCCGUUUCUCCUCUCCAAACGCACAGGCCGCGAAUCGACCCGGAAACUCGGCUUCCGAUAUGAACGCUGCCAUGAGCCAGUUUGGCACAUCCCCUCGUGGACGCGUGGAUACCUCCCGCAUGCUUAAUCCGUUGCCAUCCGAUCCUUUCAACCCUAUGUCCAUCUCCCUCGGCGAGCCGCCGAAGCCGCCUGCCAUGCCUCCUCUGCGACUCGGCCCAAGUCUUGGACGGAGCGUCGUCAUUGAACCGUCAAGGGGCAUCGAUUUAGCCCGCGGAAUCAGACUUUUGGAAUUGAAGUGCAACAGAAAUGCCGUUAGGCAGGACCAUAAUCGACAGCGCUUCCACGAGCGACCGGGCUUGAAGAGAAAGAGACUCGCAACCCAAGUGUGGAGAAGGAAGUUCAAGGAGGGAUUCAAAGCUACAGUGAGGAAGGUUCAGGAUAUGCGCAAGCAGGGAUGGUAGAAAUGCACGCUUCAGAAAUUGAUUUAUUGGCAACGUGGGCUCCAGAGAAGAAUCUGGCUAUUUUCGUCAACAGAAUCGUUCUACUGCUCUGAGGUCGCAGGGUUAUACGCGGCCCCUUAGAUGUUUGGUAUAUGUGUAUUAUAGAGCCCUAUUAUUAAAGUUAUAUGGAGCAUUUCAGCGUUUCUGGUUAAGACUAUAAGUCGUCCAAUGUUCACACUAGAC